UUUUCAGACCGUGUCGGUGUUUCUGAGGCGAUAAAAAAAUAGCCAAAUACCGAUACGAUAUGGAGUACAACCCAUCGUCAAAUUUAUGACCGAGUCCCCUUUCUCUCUCUUAAAUUCACCUUUACCUUUUCUCAGUUCUCUCUUGUCUCUCUCACAGCUUCCAGAACUCCAACAACUAAAUCAAAAACCUAGAUUUUUUAGAUCAAAAACAGCAUUUCAAUUACCAUGAAUCCUGAUAAAAAUUAGGUUUUUCCCCUCAAAUUUCGUAGCUCUAAGAAAUCGGAGGAGAGAGAAGGAGAAAAGGGGUCAUUUCAAGAGAGAUUGUAGCCGUUGAAUUGAGAUUGGAUCCGAUUGAAGGGUAAUUGGAGUUUCCAUUGUUUUCUUGUUUUGUCAACGGAUCCGACUUUGUUUCUUCAGAUCGGAGAUUUUUUCGCGGGGAUAUAAAUUAUUUUUGAAGGAGAAAUUUGUUAAAUUUUGAAAAGGUAGAUUUUCUUUGAGGGGGUUAAAAUGGCUUUAAGAAAAGCAGUAGGGCAGCUUAAGGACCAAACGAGUAUUGGUCUCGCUAAGGUAGCUAGUGACAUGGCUCCUGAGCUUGAGGUUGCCAUUGUCAAGGCAAUGAGUCAUGAUGAUGAUCCUGCCGAUGAAAAAUACAUUAGGAGAAUCCUUACUUUUACGUCUUACAAUCGUAUGUAUGUGAAUGCUUGUAUAACUUCUAUCUCGAAGAGGUUGGGGAAGACGAAGGAUUGGAUUGUUGCUUUGAAGGCAUUAAUGUUGGUCCACAGGCUAAUGAAUGAUGGGGAGCCUGUUUUUCAGCAAGAGAUUAUGUAUGCCACUCGAAGGGGGACUAGAUUGUUAAAUAUGUCGGAUUUUAGAGAUGAGGCUCACUCAAAUUCUUGGGAUCAUUCGGCGUUUGUGCGAACUUUUGCUCUGUACUUGGAUCAGAGGUUGGAACUGAUGUUGUUUGAGAAGAAGCAAGGUGGUAGGGGAAGUAGUGGGGCUGGAAGUGGUCAUGGUGGUGAGAUUGUAAGGUAUGAGCCUACGAAUGAUAGAUUUCAAUCCCCACCGAGUCGGUUUGAUUAUGAUUAUGGAGAGUUUAGGGAUGGACCGCAGAUGAGGAGGAGUAGGUCAUUUGGGGAUGUCGGGGAUUCAAAUGGUCGAGAGGAAGAUAAGGCGAUCACUCCCUUGAGGGAAUGGAAACCUGAGAGGAUUUUUGCGAAGAUGGGUCAUUUGCAGAGGCUUUUGGACAGAUUUUUAGCUUGUCGUCCGACUGGUAUGGCCAAGAAUAGCAGAAUGAUCCUCAUUGCCUUGUACCCUGUUGUUAGGGAAAGUUUUAAGCUAUAUGCUGAUGUAUGCGAAGUUCUAGCUGUUUUGCUGGACAAAUUCUUUGAUAUGGAGAAUUCAGAUUGUGUGAAGGCUUUUGAUGCUUAUGCUAGUGCAGCAAAGCAGAUUGACGAGCUCGUGGGCUUUUACAAUUGGUGCAAGGAUACUGGUGUGGCAAGGUCAUCUGAGUUCCCAGAAGUGCAAAAGAUCACUGAUAAACUCCUUGAAACCUUGGAGGAGUUCGUGAGGGACCGAACAAGGAGGCCAAAAACUCCCGAGAGAAUACCAGAGCCUGAACCAGCACCCAAAGAAGAGGAACCUGUGCCCGAUAUGAAUGAAAUAAAGGCACUACCCGCACCAGAGGAACCCACUCCUCCACCACCUCCACCACCUCCAGAACCCGAACAAAAACAGGUACAAGGGGACUUAGUUGACUUAAGAGAGGAGGGAGAAACUGCUGAUUCUCAGGGUAAUAAAUUUGCAUUAGCUUUGUUUGCUGGACCUGCUGAGAAUGGAAACGGGUCAUGGCAAGCAUUUGACAAUAAAGAGGGGGUAACUUCUGCUUGGCAAAACCCAGCUGCUGAACCCGGCAAGGCCGAUUGGGAGCUGGCUUUGGUAGAAACGGCUAGUAAUCUUUCACAUCAGAAAGCCGCAAUGGGUGGUGGAUUAGAUCCCUUGCUUCUGAACGGUAUGUAUGAUUCAGGAGUGGUGAGGCAACACGUGACAGCUACUCAAAUGAGCGGUAGUGCCAGUAGUGUUGCAUUGCCAGGACCAGGGAAAACUACAACUCCAGUUUUGGCACUCCCCGCUCCCGAUGGUACAGUUCAAACAGUUGGUGGCGACCCAUUUGCUGCGUCUUUGAGUGUUCCCCCUCCUGCUUACGUACAAAUGGCUGACAUGGAAAAGAAGCAGCAUUUGCUAGUACAAGAGCAGGUAGUUUGGCAACAAUAUGGCAACAGUGGUAUGCAAGGUCAAGCUACUUUGGCCAAGAUUGGGGGGCCAGCUUACUAUGCUCCAGGGACUUCGAUGAUGAUGCCCAGUGCAAAUCCGAUGAUGCCUUACCAAUAUGGAAUGCCUCCGGUAAAUGGGAUGAUGCCACCACAACCUGGUUAUUACUAUAACCCGAUUUGAUUUUGUGUUUAUAUGUGUAUCUGACCUUUUUUUUAAAAAAAAAUCUUCAUCCCUCUUUUUCCGCAUUUGUGCUUCUGAUGUUCAUUGCAUUACGAUCUUAUGUUCAUUGCUCCAUGAACGAGAACAAGGGAGGUAGUGGAGCUAGAUUUAUUAGUAAUUCCUUGAGGUGGAGUUUGCUUAUGGAGGCCAUUGUCUUGUAGUAAUGUCCCUCUAUUUUAUGUACUAUCAUAAUUUUCUUUUACUUGUAAUACAUGUGCAAAAAUUCAGUCCUAGAUUUGAUUAUCAUGGUUUGUAUACUGCUGAUCUUUUCCUUCUUUCCAUUUCUGAUUAAGGUAAUUUAUAUAUUUUGUAUUCAUUUUUAGAUGAAGAUUCAUUUUUUUAAUGAGAAUUUUAGAUACUAGUAGAUUAUGGAUCAAAUUAAGAUUGAUUAA